AUGUAUACAUAUCAGAAAAUGGCCGCAUACAUCCCAUCAACAGGGAGGGGUGGGUUCGGAGAAGUGUAUCACGUGAAACAUAAAAUCGAGGGCGAGGUGUAUGCGGUUAAAAUAGUAAAGUUCCUUGACACUUAUGACGAACACAAACGACAAAAUAUUCUAAAAGAGGUCCAAAACUUAGUUAAAUUGCGUUCAGAUUUUGUGGUCAAUUACCGCAACUCAUGGUUAGAACACAAUCUUCUUUACAUUCAAAUGGAUUUGUAUUCACAAAAUCUACAGACGAUUAUCGAUAACAAGUGCACUGUAUUUGGGAGACAACCGGAAGAGCCAAUGAAAAUCUACGAGUAUUUCAUUUCUUGCGAAAUACUUAAAGAACUGUUAGAAUGUGUGAAGUAUUUACACGACUCGUGUCCACCGGUUAUCCAUCGAGACCUCAAACCGACAAAUGUUUUGAUUUCACAAAAUAACAGUAAUAAACGAUUUAUAAAACUUUGUGAUUUCGGUUCCGCCACUUUCCACGACAUGACAUCUAUGAGCCACACCUCUAAUAUAGGUUCUGCACAAUAUAUGGCACCCGAAGUAUAUCAGUCCAGAUAUACUAUUAAAGUUGACAUCUAUAGCCUGGGAUUGUAUUUAAUCGGCCGACAAGUGGUCGAGUUCUCGACAACUAUAACCAGUGCCGAAACCGACAGAAACAGUUGGCCCAACUAA